AUGGCCAGACAUAAACUUCCUGAUAGACCGCCUAAUGGCAUCGGGGCUGGUCAGAGACCUUCGAUGCGGCCCAAAGCCUUUGAUUUCGACGCUGCGCAAGCUACCCUUGCGAAACCAUUUAAGGUUCCACUAAAAUCCAUUUCUCCCAAUGUAGCACCUGGAGCUCGAAGAAGCACGAGAAAAAGGCACCAGAAAAUCUCAUACGCCGAACCUGGCGCUUUGGAGAUCGACAAUGCCGACCCUAACGACGAUAACUACCAAGAAAAUGCUGCAUUACCUCAUAAAAAACGUAUCGAUGCCCUGUCAGCACGCCGUUUGUCACAGGAUUCGGACCGUCUACGAACUAUCGAACACACCUUGAAAAGGUCGUUCACUGUGCCCAUAAAGGGAUAUGUCGGUCGUCACAAUUUCUCUCUUUCCCUAGGGACUAAACCCAAGAUUUUUUUGGAGCCUCGACCACUUCACGAUCCUUACGAUGAGCUGGCCAUUGUGCUAUACGACCCCAGUGUUGAUGGACAAACUCCCCAAAUCAUCCAAGAGCAAAUGCAACCUAUAAUCCCAGAAUCUACAUCGUCCCAAAAGAAGAAGAAGAAAAUCAAUCCCAAACUGGUUCCAGAGCCGGCGCUCCCGAGCACUCCUGCUAUCUCGUCACAAAUUCAUCGAAAAAAACUUUCCAAUGGACUGCCUAACAAGACACUCGCAGAGCUUCUGGGCAGUACUAAUGUCGAGCAAAAGCAGUUCGCAAGCGUCCCCGUUGUCAUUGACCCACUUUUGACGAAAAUCCUCCGCCCUCAUCAGGUCGAGGGUGUCCGGUUUUUAUAUCGAUGUGUUACCGGUCUGGUCAUGAAGGACUUCUUGGAUCAACAGGACGUUUUGAAGCUAGCGGACAAGGUCACUUUGGAAUCCGAAAAGACCCCUUCUCCACCCCCCAGUAGCGAACUUGCGCCCGGACUUACACAGACUGUCGCACCUUCGGAUGUGGAUGAUACCACGAAAGCUGUUGCACAAAAUAGAGGUGCCUAUGGCUGUAUAAUGGCUGACGAAAUGGGACUAGGAAAAACGUUGCAGUGCAUCGCACUUCUUUGGACUCUGCUGCGUCAGGGACCAACAGGUAAAAGAACCAUUGAAAAGUGCAUUAUUGUUUGCCCUUCUUCACUUGUAAACAACUGGGCCAACGAGCUAGUGAAAUGGCUCGGUAGAGGGACAUGCCCGGCUUUGCCAAUCGACGGAAAGAAGAGCUCACUUAAUAAUGGAACAGUCGCAGAAGCAGUUCGUUCAUGGGGGUCCGCACAAGGUCGUACUAUAGUUAAGCCAGUGCUGAUUAUAUCGUAUGAGACGCUUCGCCGAAACGUUGAAUACCUACAAAAUGCAAAUGUGGGACUGCUGCUGGCAGAUGAAGGCCAUCGGCUCAAAAAUGCCGAAUCUUUGACGUUCACAUCCUUGAAUAGCAUCGACUGCCCCAGAAGGGUGAUUCUUUCAGGUACUCCCAUACAAAACGACCUCUCUGAGUAUUUUGCAUUAUUGAACUUUUCGAAUCCAGGAUUGUUAGGUUCUCGAAAUCAGUUUAGAAGAGACUUUGAGCUUCCAAUUCUUCAAGGGCGAGACGCGGACGCCGAUCCUGCGGAAAUCGCAAAAGGUGACGAAAAACUACAACAACUGUCAAACAUCGUAUCCAAGUUUAUCAUUCGUCGUACAAAUGAUAUCCUGUCCAAGUAUUUGCCCUGCAAGUACGAGCAUGUUAUUUUCGUGAACUUGACGCCCUUUCAAAAAGCCCUAUAUGAACAAAUGAUCAAGCUGCGAGAAGCCCAAUUGAUGGAGAAAGAAGACCAAAAGGGCUCCAACAAGGACCCAAACAGGGGCGAACAGCCACUCAAACAUAUUGGAAUGUUCAAAAAGCUCUGCAAUCACCCAGAUCUGUUGCAGCUUCCGGAUGAUAUUUUGGGCUCCGAGGAUCUGAUACCAAGUGACUAUCAAAACUCAACUAUGGCGAAGCGUGCAUACACCGAGGUACAGACUCGGUACUCUGGAAAGUUCUCUAUACUGAAAAGGUUUCUGCAUAAGAUCAAAAAGGAAUCUGAUGACAGAAUCGUUCUGAUUUCUAACUAUACACAAACUUUGGACUUGAUUGAACGUAUGUGCAGAGCAAGCAACUAUGCCGUUGUGAGAUUGGAUGGAACCAUGAACAUCAACAAACGUCAAAAGCUCGUGGAUCGCUUCAAUGACCCCGAAGGACAGGAAUUUAUUUUUCUUUUAAGUUCUAAAGCGGGUGGUUGCGGUAUCAACCUGAUUGGAGCCAAUAGACUAAUUUUAAUGGACCCAGAUUGGAACCCCGCGGCAGACCAACAGGCUUUGGCUCGAGUUUGGAGAGACGGUCAGAAAAAAGAUUGUUUCAUUUACAGAUUUAUUUCCACUGGCUCUAUUGAGGAGAAAAUUUACCAGCGGCAGUCAAUGAAAAUGAGCCUCAGCUCUUGUGUUGUUGACGAAAAAGAGGACGUUGAAAGACUGUUCAGCGCAGAUAGUUUGAAAAAGCUAUUUCAUUUAAGAAAUGACACAGUCUGCGACACGCAUGAAACGUACCAUUGUAAGAGAUGUCACAACGGCAAACAAAUGAUAAAACCCACAACCAUGUUGUACGGUGAUCCAACGACAUGGAACCAUCUCAAUCAUGAAGCCUUGAAGUCCACGAACGACCACUUGCUUCAAAACGAAGCACAAUUCAAAGACAUCAGUUACGUCUUCCAAUAUAUCUCACAUUGA